AUCACUCGCCGCGGCGCAGUGGAUUAUGGGUAAUACGUCAGACCGCCGCCAUAUUUGUCUGCAGCGGUUUGAAGGAGAGAGUCUGGAGUCAUGAGAGGAAUCCGCUCUCUGAACACUCUUCCCAAACGUUGCUAUGCAGCUGCCAGGAGGAGUGAAGCUCUGACUGAAUCCCUCUCAGGUCUGAAACCCUUCACAGCAGCAUCUCACCCUCCUCAAAAUGUCCAGGUGUCCAAGCUCCCAAACGGUCUGGUGAUAGCAUCACUGGAGAACUACUCCCCCUUGUGCAGCGUGGGUCUGUUUGUGAAAGCUGGGAGUCGCUAUGAGACUGUGGAAAACCAGGGUGUGUCUCAUGUGCUACGACUGGCAGCCAACCUGACCACCAAGGGUGCAUCCGCCUUCAAGAUCUGUCGAGGUGUGGAAGCACUGGGGGGCAGCCUGAGUGUGACUUCAUCACGGGAGACCAUGGUCUAUACUGCAGACUGUUUAAGGGAUCACCUAGAUUCAUUAUUGGAGUAUCUGGUCAGUGUGACCACAGCUCAGGAGUUUCGGCCAUGGGAGGUAGAAGAACUGACAUCCAGGGUUAAGAUUGACAAGGCUCUGGCUCAGCAGUGUCCUCAGAUAGGUGUAAUUGAGAAGUUGCACGAAGCAGCGUAUAAAAACGCCCUGUCCAACUCUCUGUACUGCCCUGAAUACAUGGUCGGGCGUGUCUCCCCUAAACAGCUGCAGUCAUUUGUCGAAGACCAUUUCACCACUAGCAAAAUGGCUCUUGUAGGACUAGGUGUGAAGCACUCUGUCCUGAGGCAGGUGGGCGAGGGGCUCCUGAGUAUCCGCAGCGGGCCCGGAGCACCUGUGGCUAAAUCUGUGUACCGCGGAGGUGAACUACGAGUGCAGAACAAUGACGACCUAGUCCACGCACUGAUUGCCAGCGAGGGGGGUGUGGCAGGUAGUGCAGAGGCUAAUGCCUUCACCGUGCUGCAAAGGAUCUUGGGAGCUGGUCCACAUGUAAAGAGGGGGUCCAACAUCACUAGUCAGCUGAGUCAGGGCAUUGCCAAAGCUACCACACAGCCCUUUGAUGCCACAGCCUUCAAUGCCUCAUACUCUGACUCUGGCCUGUUCGGUGUCUAUACCAUUUCACAAGCUGAUUCUGCAGGAGAGGUCAUCAACGCUGCCAUUGCUCAAGUGAGGGGUGUGGCUGAGGGAAAUGUGUCAGAUGCUGACGUCACCAGAGCAAAAAACCAGGUGAAAGCAGAUUACAUGAUGUCAAUAGAGAGCUCUGAGGGUCUGAUGGAGGAGAUCGGUGCUCAGGUUCUGACCGCUGCAGCGUACCAGCUCCCUGACACUGUUCUCCAGGCCAUAGACACUGUCACCCAGGACGAUGUUGUCGAGGCUGCCAAAAAAUUUGUGGAUUGCAAGAAGACUAUGGCAGCAAGUGGACACCUUGUCAAUACACCAUUUGUGGAUGAAGUAUGAAAAAAUGUUCAAGAACUUAGAUUUUUAACUUGGCCAUGCUAAGCUGCUAGCGUAGCUGUAUGCCAGGCUGCCUAAAAAGGAAAGAGGACCUCAAAGCUACAGCCUCCUGCAACAAUUCACUUGAUGUAACCAAUCAUUUGUAUUCUGUCCUGCAGAAUGUGAGCUUGAACAGCGAGCCAGAAAAUCACAAUGCAAUUUUUCUGUGGGUUUUUCUUUUCAGGAAAUUUAACUGUAUAUCUGUGUAAAUUAAAGACAUGAAAAUAAUGACA